GGCUCGGCUUAAGAUUACCCUGGCCAGGAAAACGAGCGCGCAAUCACGAUCAUAACGAGGCCCGAAAGCACGCCUAAAAAAGGCCAACCAAGCUUGCCUGCCUGCUUGCCUGCUUGCCUGCUUGUGCCUGUGCCUGUCCUUGUACUUGUGCUUGAUAUUGGAUCCUGGGGGAAAGCUUUGGCUCUGGAUCCCAUCGACACUGCAACGGCGGAUCUACCCCUUGGAGAUUCUUUUUUUUCUUUACUUCCGUUAUUACCUUGACAGGCCUUUUCUCUUCUUUUACCUGAUUCUGGUUCUUCAUUCUUGGGAUCGUCAGGUUCUUUUAUUCCCCUUUUGAUCCUUAUCGGCCUCGCUUGUUGAUAUACCCUGUUCCGAGAGCUUUGAAGGUCUGUCUGUCUGCUUGCCUCCACUGUCCAUAAUAUUGCGAAGCUCGGUACAGACCAUUCACUUGCAAUUUUUUGGCUGUCUUCACUCAUUCACUCAUUCAGUCUUCGUCUCCUUUGUCUAGAUUAAUUCUUUGCCCGAAUUUCGCCAACAGUUGGGCCGUUGACUUAGUUUCCCUGUUAUAUCGCCUCACCUUCAAACCUCCAACUCCGACUCCACGUACGUCCCGGUCGCGUCCUGCCACCCAAGGAUGCCAAUGUCGACCUAAUGGGAGCUACUGAUAUCGCCUCGCGCCUUCGAGCCAAGUUCACCAAAAGGCGACACUCGACGGCGGGUUCACAGGCAUCUUCCAGUCGGAGCAUUACCGACACCACCUCGUCGUCGUUCGGGAGUCGUCACCUAUGGGAUCGCGAUCGUUCUCGAGCUCGUGACGGAGAUGGGGACCAUUCGUCUCAGCGGGCCGUGAGCAAUUCGAGGGGCACCGUGAGUAGCCGACAUGGCAUGACAGCGACGCCCGAUGGUUCGCAUCGACAACGAGAAGAUGGCGAUGAUGUCGCAAAGCCCGAGGGUUGUCGGGAGGUUUCAGAAGCACCAAAGUCGAGUUCAAACUCAAACUCAAAUUCAAAUUCAGAGUCGACAGCCAAGAGUUCCUCGGAAAUAGGUGCUGAAGCAGCGGUCCCACCCGCUAACGACAAUUCCACAGCACCCGACACCACGAGUGAGCCACUGAAACAGCCGUCUCCGCCUAUAGAUCAGCAGAGCCUCGAUGACCUGGAUGAAGAGCCUGAUACAACCGCCACUAGCUCUAGCGACCAGCUCCCGCCCCAUAGUGAUCUGCACCCGCCACAACCUCAUCCAAGACUUCACUUCAAUCAACCACCGCUGCUCUCUCCCUCACUUCAUCCUCCGGAACAGCCUUCACCAUCGCGUCUGCGCCAGGCAAGCUCCAAUCUCGACCGUAUCCACGAAGACUCCCAGGACUUGGAACCCCCUUCACCUACUGCGCGCCCAAGAAAGGUCGCAAGUCUUGAGUUGGACGCUGGUUCUGAGCUUGCGGGUCACAAUGACGACGACGUGCUGAGUCUCGACCAAGCUCCCAACUCUCCAAAGUCUGCCGCCUUUGUGCCUCUGGCGGCAGCAACCUCGACGACAUUUGUCGCCCCGUCUCCUGGCCUUCCAACAGCUGGGACCCCUGGCUCUCCAUCACGACCAGCCCCGCCGCCCCGGCGACAGAGCUUGCUAUCGAAUCGCCAGACGACAUUGAUCAAUACGCUCCUUUCACCACCCGUGAACGAACCUGGAUACAGCCAGAACACCACAUACGCGCCUAUUAACGGAAAUAUGGUGACCCGAAAGAUCUGGGUCAAGCGGCCUCAUGCCUCGCCGACCCUCGUUACCGUCAACGAAGAUGACCUGGUCGAUGAUGUCCGCGAUAUGAUUCUACGUAAAUACUCAAACUCACUCGGUCGAAGCUUCGACUCUCCAGACAUUAACAUACGCAUUAUUCCUCGCGAUCAACAUUCAGAACGUGUCCUCAACCCUGAGGAGCCAAUGGGCCGGACUCUCGAUGCUUAUUAUCCAGGUGGACAAACCGUUGAAGAAGCUCUGGUAAUUGACAUUCCAAGGCGUCCGCCUAAAGCUUCCCCGCGCCCCGUCGUUCCAGCCUAUGUUGGAAACAUCUACUACAGCGAGGACGGUCGGCCUACGGAAACAAGUGAUGGCUAUUUUCCAUCUGUCGCCGCCCAUCCUGGCGCUGUCGGCUCACCACAUCUUCCAGUUGCAGUUCCGGCGCAUGUUAAUCCUCAGGCCCCGCACUCAAUCGCAGUGUUAGGGACUGGCCACAUUCCACCUAUUCCGUCGCCUGGUAGAUCACGCGCAUAUCGCGAUCGUCCGGAUCGUCCCAGAUUAGGCCGCACACAUACAUCGUCCCCAACACUGCUUGCCAAUGGCUCUGCCGUGUCACUGGCUGCCGCCGCCGCCGCGAAUCAUGCGAACCACGGUACGCAACACUUCAACCCGAGGCUACCGCAUUCACGAACUCAUUCAAACUCUUCAGAUCAACCUGGUAUGCCACCUGCUGCCCCUCCUCUCCCGACGCCUCCCGCCCCAGAACCUUCGGCAGUCCGUGUAUCGACACCUCCGGUCAGGCCAACUUCACCUCGACCUACGGCGAAAACCAAGAAGAGCAAGAAAGCCGAACAUCCUAGUUUACCACCGGGCAUGCUCAAUGGCGGCGUGCCUCCUAUCAACGUCCUGAUUGUGGAAGAUAACCCUAUCAACUUGAAACUCUUGGAAGCCUUUGUGAAGCGCCUCAAGGUGCGAUGGUCAACCGCCAUGAAUGGAAGAGAUGCUGUGAAGAAGUGGAGGACUGGCGGAUUUCAUUUGGUUCUAAUGGAUAUCCAACUUCCAGUCAUGAACGGUCUCGAAGCGACUCGGGAAAUCAGAAGAUUAGAAAGAGUCAACUCAAUUGGUGUCUUUUCAUCAUCACCAGAUGGUGUGGUUACGACGGAAAACCCCGACGAACUCGAUGACAAAGACCGCCUACAGAAUCCAUCCUUGUUCAAGAGUCCUGUGAUUAUUGUCGCUUUGACUGCUAGCUCCUUACAGAGUGACCGACACGAAGCUCUAGCCGCUGGCUGUAACGACUUUUUGACCAAGCCCGUCAAUUUUGUCUGGCUAGAGCGCAAGGUAAUGGAGUGGGGUUGCAUGCAAGCCCUCAUCGACUUUGAUGGCUGGCGCAAGUGGAAAGAGAUUUCUCAAGAGGCUGAAGAGAGCGCCGCUGCUAAGAAGGCAGCCGUCGCCGCAGCCAAAGCUAAAUCAAAGAAGAAUCGACUCUCGAUGACCAAACCCGGCUGAUAGCUUCAGUUGGAUAUCAGAAGACACAUGCUUUAGCACAGCUGGGCUGGUCUUGACAGUAGAAUAUACGCCAGGGAACAACACAUAUUCUAGCACAACGCGAGACAAACCAAAAACGAGUCAUUGGUAUUAUUCACCCGCCGAGGCAACAGCAAACAUGAGUUGCCUCAGAGAUCUAUCUGCUACCUAUAGUUUUCGCCAUAGGAUUAAUGUUUGGCAUUUGAUGUUUGUCGGGAGCUGGGUAAGAAGGGAGCUGUAUAAUGGACGCAAAGCAUGAUGGCGUAGGUAACAGAUAUAUACGAAUACCAAUGUUUUAUAAUGCCAUGAGACUUGAAUAAUACAUGUCGAGAAGACGCAAGCUAUAGUUCGAGGUCAUGAUGUUUCUGACGAGGUGAAUCUAGAGCUCGAAUAUACUUCAGUGGCAUGAUUAAACCCAGUCCAAAUGCUCUACCAAGCUAUGUAUUAAUUCAUCAG